GGAAGUGAAACUGUUUGACUUCCACUGACACCGGGGAGGGCGAAAGAAUGGCGCAGCAAGGAAUUCAGCUGGACCAGGAGAAGCUCUGCUGCUCGAUCUGUCUGGAUCUACUGAAGCAGCCCGUGACCAUCCCCUGCGGACACAGCUACUGUGUGAAGUGUAUCGAGAGCUACUGGGACGAGGAGGGUCAGAAGGAGAACCACAGCUGCCCUCAGUGUAGACAGGCCUUCAUGCUGAGGCCUGUCCUGGUGAAGAACACCGUGUUAGCAGAUCUAGUGGAGGAGCUGAAGAAGAAGACUGGACCUCAAGCUGCUCCUGCUGAUCACGGCUGUGCUGGACCCGGAGUCGUGGCCUGUGAUGUCUGCACAGGCAGACAGCUGAAAGCUGUCAAGUCCUGUCUGCAGUGUCUGGUGUCUUACUGCGAGCAGCACGUCCAGCCUCACUACGACUCCCCGGCCUUUGGGAAGCACAAGCUGGUCGAGCCGUCCGAGAAGCUCCAGGAGAACGUGUGCACGCGUCACUGUGAGGUGACGAAGAUCUUCUGCCGCACCGACCGACAGCUCAUCUGUUACCUCUGCUCCAUGGACGAACACAGGGGCCACGACGCGGUGUCCGCCAAGGCGGAGAUUGCCGAGAGGCGCGGGGAGCUCGGCGCGAGGCGGCAGAGCAUCCAACAGAAGAUCCAGAGCCGAGAGAGAGGCGUGAAGCUGCUUCAGCGGGAGAUCGCGGCGCUGAAGAAGCAAGACAUUGAGCUGGAGCAGCUGGAGCACACCGAGGAUCCCACCCAGUUUCUGCACCGCUACACCUCGCUGUCACGCCCCGGCGACGCCGCAGACGCGGGGUCAGAGGUCAGGGACGAACCGCGGGACGUCCUGAGCGAGGAGUGGACCGAAAGCCCGCCGAGAGGAGGAGCCGAAGUGGAUGACUCACUGCUGCCACGAGGCGAGCUGAAGACCAGAGCGGAGUUCUUCAAGUGUUCCCGUCAAAUCACACUGGAUCCAAACACUGCACACCAUUACAUUGCAAUCGACAGAGGAGUAAAAGCUAGAUGUCGGCCAAAAAACCCAGAAUAUCCUAUACACCCAGAUAAAUUCACUAGCUGUUCUCAGGUUUUGAGCAGAGAAGGUCUGACCGGACGUUGUUACUGGGAGGUGAAGUGGGAUACGCGUGAAGUUUUUGUGGCAGUCGCAUACAAGUCUAUUAAAAGAGCAGGAGAAGAAAGUGCAUUUGGAAACAAUGACAAGUCUUGGGCACUACAAUGUUGGCAGUCUGGUUAUGAAUUAACACAUAACAGUGUCAGAACUGCCAUCUCAGGCCCUGAGUCCUCCAGAGUCGGACUGUACGUGGAUCACGGUGCAGGCACUCUGUCCUUCUACAGCGUCUCUGACACUGGCACCAUGACGCUCCUGCACACAGUCUACACCACGUUCAGACAGCCGCUCUGUGCUGGACUCGGCAUGUAUGUCAACGGAGCAUCUGCUGAAAUAUAUACUGCAUUAGACAUGAAGAAGGAUUGAAAACUAUAGCGAAGAUAAACUACAUGCAGCAACUUCUUUGGAGUGUCUCUGUGGCACUUUUGUUUUUCUUGCUCGUGAAUGACCGACAGGUUUCCAAUCUUCUUUUGUCUUCAAAGCGUUUGAUAUUGUGUGUGUGUGUGUGUGGGGGGGGGGAUUAAGUUAAAAUGAAUAAAUUUAAUUAUUAUUUUUGAUUAUUUCUUGUUUUAAAUCUGUGUUUUUUUCUGUAAAUUUGAAAUGAUUUGAAAUAUAUAUCUUUGAUUAUAACUGAUGGUUGAACAUGUUAAAAUUGUCUUUUUUUGAUAAACUGUAAGGUAUUGGAACCCAAAUUGGAAUUUCACGUUAUUAAAUUUGGAGUGAUUAUGCAGGACAAAAAAAAGAAAUGAUGUAUAAUUGUCUAAUCUUAAUGGACACACAAUUUAGCCACAGAUGUACAUUUACUGGUUCUUUUCAAUGAACUGUUUAAUUUCAAAAAAACUUUGAAAAAUGAAAAUGACAAACAAGCCUUGACUGUCAAUGAAAACUUUGAUAUAAUUCUAAAUAGACCUCUAUUUUUUAUAUUUUUGGUCUACAAAGCACUGAAUGGUUUCGGACCAAAAUACAUCCUAGAGUAUUUCAGACCCCUCAGGUCGUCAGGGACCGGUUUAUUGUGUGUUCCUAGAACCAGAACCAAACAAAGUGAAGUCGCAUCCAGUUAUUAUGCUCCUCACCUGUGGAACAAACUUCCUGAACACUUGAGAUGUGCUCAUACGCUCAGCUCAUUUGAAUCAGGCCUAAAAACACUGUUGUUCUCUGCAGCUUUCCUAUAAAUUAAUCUUAAUAAUUAAUUAUUGUCUUUUAAAUGCACCUUUAUUGCAAUUAAAUCAUGUUUUAUCGCUCUGGUUUUAAUAUCUAUUUUAAUGUAAUGCUUUCAUUUGAAUGUCUUAAUAUUUUGCUUUUAUUCAGAAUGUUAAUGUCUUUGUCUGUAAUUCAAUGCCUCUGUUAACCUUGUGUAUGAAUGGUGCUAUACAAAUCAACUUGCCUUGCAUUAAUUUAAUUAUAUGAAAUGCUUUUGUUUUGUUUUUCUCUAUGCUUGUAUGUUUUAUCAAAUGUUCUAUUUUUUAUAUUCGCUCAGUUGAUUUGUACCACAAUUCUGAGUGAAAAGAUUGUAGUAAGCCUGUUUUGAUUGAUACACAAUAAAGAAAUGAAAGAAAGAAAAAA